AUCACAAAAAAUGGAUGCCCUGAACGAGAUACUUAUGUGGGGCCGUGGAUAUAGCCGUGUACAUAGGUUUGAUGAUGACUCCGAAUCUGAUGUAGAUUCCAUGGACUCGCUCAAUAGUUUUUUUGAUGACCAUCCAUAUUUAUUCCCAUCUCGACCUGAGGUGCGACGCCCUAAAACACCAGACACUGAGAUAGAAAAACCCAAGACAGUCCUCAAAUUGCUGGAUUUGGCUGCCAAAGUAACAGCUCAACACUAUUCUUGUGAAAGUAUUGAGACUCAUGACCCACCACUUGAUGAAGCAUUGUUAAAAAAGGUUUCAUUCUGGGCUUUCCCUCAAGAUGAGAAAAAGGUAAAAAUUUAUGCAAGGUUAAGUCUGAAGUCUGAAGAGGAAUGGAGGAGAGGAGAUAUUUUUUAUGAUGAAAAGCGGAUCCAGGACAUCAGACAAGUUGGGUUUAUGGUAUCGGCUAUCAUCAACAAGCAAGUUUCCAAGGUAUCUGUGACGUUUGAAAAGCAACAGAUCACCUCUUCCACAUGUGCUAUGUGUCCACAAGCCAUAUGGUGUCCGCACAUCAUUGCUGUUAUUCUCCACAGAAUUCGACAUUCCGAUACGAUUUCAGUGCAUGCACCUGUAACAGAAACACUGUCCACCCUUACUCGAGACCAACUACAGAAGUUAUUACAAUACGCUAUAAAUGAGGAUCCUGCAGGAAUCCUUGGACGAGUGUUUCAGCACAUUGAUGCUCUGAGAGAUGCAACAUCAAACAUGAACAGUCUACAAGGGGCUCCAGAUCCAACCUUUGGGGUCAGUAUAGAUGACAAGUCAACAUGGAGCCUCUCGUUAGAUUUACUCAGGAAGAACCUGGUGGAUGACCUAAGACUAGCAUACCGGAGUUAUCCAGACUCGUGUAAUGUCGUAGAAAAGAUGAAAUCCACAUUCUUCGACCAGUAUUUUCAGCGGGUUAUGGAACUGAUUGAGAAGAAAGAACCUGGUGCUGCAAGAGAAGUUCUAUUCGUCAUCGCUGAAAGUAUUCUGGAUGUGAUGCGUAGCCAGCGACCACCGAACAACAUGGUGAAAAGGAUAUUAUAUGACUGUGAACGACUCUUCAGUUGCUUUGUCGUGUCCUGUCCUGUUGAUAUGAAACAGCAAGUUGUUUCUAAAGCCCUAACGCUGAAUGAGAGAUGUGAACAAUUAUUUCCAAACCUAGAGUUUACCAAAACUAGUUUGUGGGCAGAACUAAGUUCUAUCAAGCUGCCUUGGGAGAAUCAGAAAGACGAUGUAAUGGAAAAAGCUUUCAAAGGAUUUCCAUUCUACCAGGCAGUUUGUGCUAGCCUGAUCACCAGACCGCCUCCGUCCCUACAGGAUCUGCUUUGUUCUAGAUCUUCUACCACCACCAGUAAUUAUGAGGAGCCCCUGUCUGUGAUGCUGAUGAGGUUGGAUUGUUUUACGUGUCUGGAACCCACAAUAUCUAGAGAUAAACAGCAAAAGUUCGGGAUCAUGAUCCUGAAAAAACUUCUUGCACUCUCUCUAAAACUUUCAAUUCUGGGGAAAAAGGAGUCUGCACUUAACCUUGAUACCACAACACAUGAUGAUGGGCCGAGUGAAGAUGGGCCAACCAAAGCAAAGAGAAGGAAGCAUUCAACUAAAAGGGGUAAAGCCAGAAAGAAAUCAGCUGUACCCCGCAAAGCUGCAGGACCAACUAAACCAGAGUCCGAUGAUAAGAUAGAAGGACUCACAAAGGGUCAGAUUUCCUACUGCUUGUUGUAUGUGAGCUAUACUGUCAGCAACACGUUGGAUCAAUAUCACUUAGACAGCGAUGAAAACCUUACACUAUUAGAUGCUAUCCUGCGUGCUGUGGAAUUAGGCAGAUUUCGAAGUGUAGCUCCGAACUUUGACAUAUCUUCAAAAGACUACAGCUGGCUUGUGUUUUUGGAAAACAGGAUAGAGGAAACUUACUUGAAAGUCGCCCCAAUAUGGCAGGAGAGUGAAGGAAAUGUUACAGACAUGUACAAAUCGGUGCUCUUUGAGGAGGGACUAAAUUUUUAUGGAGAAAAUGUUCCUGUGUCACUCAUCAGUUUGUUGCUUGCUGUUGGAAAAAAGACAAAACAGAUGAUUAAGCUGUGUACAGAUGCAAUCUGUCACUCUCUGCACCCACUCAAGAUUGUGACCAUUCCAGACAAUAUCUACGGAUACAGAUCUGAUAACUACACUAACAAGGAGAGUAUAGUGAAGAAAUGGACAAAUCUGAUCUCCUGUUUGCUCAGCUUCUGUACAACAAACUCAUCAACAAAGAACAACAUGAUAAUCACACAGAUUCUGAAACACUUUGGGCAGGUUGAUGACUGUGACUAUAUGACAGCUGCCUACAGUGUACUGCGGGGCUUUCAGUCAUCACUAGUGGAGAGGGAGCAUAUGGUUCUACUGGUGAAAGUAGUUCUCCGUGGUGUUGAGCACAGUGUGGCUGGGACCUGGAACUUCUACACCUCAGCAACAGGUACCUGGGACACCCUCACCAAGCUUGGCAGACAACUAGACAUGGAGUUUCCGAGGCUCAUUCUCCCUGCAUGGCUGGAACUGUGCAAAUUCUAUAACUCCUCCCAACUAAAGGGCAUCAUUGAGGUGAUGAAGGACUCCAUCAAGAAGGAAGCCAUGUUACCUGCAGAGAUGACAAGCAUGCUUCUCAAAUACUUUGAAUCAAAGUUUCGGCAUGAUGAGGAGUGCUGUGACUUGAUGCACUUCUUCAAAAUCACAGACAAAGGCUACCAACAGGCACUAAAGAAGAUUGCAGCUAACUUUGAAAACUACACCCCCAAAGCACUUCUCAACAUUGCCAAGAGACAACAUGAGGAAACUCCUACCUCAAAGGUUACUUCUGGAAACAUCUUGCAUAAAGAUGUAUUUAAUUUGAUCAGACUUGCAUUAAGUCGUGUUCAGGUGCUCAACAAAGACUACUCUACAAGAAUCAACUAUAUUGACACAGCGACACUCAACUACCUCAGGUAUUUCUUUGAGAAAGUCUCGGAGAAAGACAGUGUAGAAGCAGCAUCUGGAAAGCAGUUUCAGAAUUUCAUGACACACUUAUCAGACAGCUUGCAGGGAGAUACAGAAGUGCUUGUACUAUUCCUAAAAUCUCUAGAGAAGACUGAGCACAUGCUGACAAAAUCCAGGGAGAAGCUUGGCACCAAGCUUGUCGAGAGCUUUCAGAAACAAUUUGACAAUGAACUGAAGCACUGCAAUCGCAAUCACACCUCCUACCACCGUGUUCUCGGAGAAAUGACCAAAGCAAGACAGACCUGUAUACAAUUUGUAGACAAUGGUGCUAUGCUGUUUCGCACAGCUGUCACAAACUAUGUCUCACUCAAGCACAAGGGUAAGAAGAAAUUCCUCAAGCUCAUGGAUGAUUAUUUCAAAGAGUUAAAUGUAGAUUGAACAUUAUGUGUGUUAGUUUGUGUGUUUGAGCAGAGGUGUUGAGUAUAUCUGAGGAUCAUCAACUUCAUUAUACAUGUACUAGUGCCAAAGGAUAAGAGAUUUUCAUUGUUUAUACAAGGCAAAUUACAAGCAUUAGUACUGGAUUGUUAACCGAAAAUGGUAUCAUUACAAAGAAUAAUUGUAGGAAGUUGACCUUUUUUUGAGACCCAAAAGUUAUAGCAUACAAUAUAAAAACUACUGUUUGUGUGAAAUUUGGUGAAACAAAUUGGUGUAUUUUUUAUUUAUUUUUUUUUCAUUAUUAUUACCUGGGUAUAAGAGAGAGUGGUUAACUCUGUUGGGAAGAUUUUUUGUACUAGAAAAACAAGAAACUGCAAUUUGCUCACUAUCAUCCCCUCCUGAUCUGUCAUGGGGAUGUAGUGAAUGCUUGUAUGCAAUCCAACAAUUUGCUCAUUCUACUGAAUUCACUUCAAAAUUGAUUUUUAUAAAGCUUCAUUCACUUA